AUGAAUGCGGUGGCUAUAGCUGGGAUUUUAACAAGUGCUUUUUAUCUGGAUUCUGAGGACAUUGAAUUCGGUAAUCCAUGGUGGUUCGUUUACGCUGGAGUUUCGUGUUUCCUCGUAAUCUUCGCCGGCAUAAUGUCCGGGCUGACGUUGGGCUUGAUGUCCCUCGGACUUGUCGAACUCGAAAUUCUCCAGCGGAGUGGCACCUCCACGGAAAAGAAACAAGCAGCAAUUAUUUUGCCGGUUGUUCAAAAGCAGCACCAACUUCUUGUGACUCUGCUGUUGUGCAAUGCUGCUGCAAUGGAGGCUCUUCCAAUAUAUCUAGAUAAACUGUUUCACCCCGUUGUUGCUGUCAUCCUCUCAGUAACUUUUGUUCUUGCAUUCGGUGAGAUUAUUCCACAAGCAAUAUGCUCUAAGUACGGGCUUGCCGUGGGUGCAAAUUUAGUGUGGCUUGUGCGAAUCUUGAUGAUAAUUUGUUGUCCUAUUGCUUACCCUAUUGGAAAAAUUCUGGAUGCCAUCUUGGGGCACAAUGAUGCUUUGUUUAGGCGACCUCAGUUGAAAGCACUCGUUUCUAUCCACAGCCAGGAGGCUGGGAAAGGAGGUGAACUCACUCAUGAUGAGACUACUAUCAUAAGCGGAGCAUUAGAUUUGACUGAAAAGACUGCAGAGGAGGCUAUGACCCCUAUUGAGUCUACUUUCUCACUAGAUGUCAAUUCAAAAUUGGACUGGGAAGCAAUUGGAAAAAUCCUUGCUCGAGGACAUAGUCGCAUUCCUGUAUAUUCAGGAAGUCCAAAGAACAUUAUUGGACUUCUGUUGGUAAAGAGUCUUCUUACUGUACGGGCAGAAACAGAGACCCCGGUCAGCGCUGUUUCAAUCCGAAAAAUCCCUAGGGUACCAGCAAAUAUGCCAUUGUAUGAUAUUCUCAACGAGUUUCAGAAAGGGAACAGUCACAUGGCUGCUGUUGUGAAAGUGCGAGAGAAAGAGAAAAGGCAUAUUUCUGUUGAUGCCAUGAAGAAUGGAGAAAACAAUUUUCCCAAUGGCCAUUCACAAUUGAAAAGGCAUAUUUCUGUUGAUGCCAUGAAGAAUGGAGAAAACAAUUUUCCCAAUGGCCAUUCACAAUUGACUAUUCCAUUACUGAACGAGCAUGAUGGUAAAUUAAAUAGUGUUGUGAUCAACAUUGAGAAGGCGUCAGAAGAUGCCUUGCAAGACAAGGAUCUGUCGAAGGAUAUUGAAGAUGGCGAAGUCAUUGGCAUUAUCACUUUGGAAGAUGUAUUCGAAGAACUUCUUCAAGAGGAAAUUGUUGACGAGACAGACGUAUAUGUUGAUGUACAUAAAAGAAUACGUGUGGCUGCUACUGCUGCUGCUUCCUCUGUUGCUCGAGCACCUUCUAACCGUAGGCUGACUAGUCAAAAGCCAUCAUCAGGAGGCCAAAAUUGGCAAGGAUCAAUACCAAAGAAGUUCGAUUUAAUGUCCACAAUGUCGUAA